UCGGGGCCGUUGCUGUCAGGAGCGCACUCGAGGCCGGUCGGCGGCGGGAUCCGACGUCUGAGCUGGACCCUGCUGACUGAACCGAGCGCAGCAGCCGCGGGGAGGGCUGCGCGGCCCCGGCUCCCCGCCAGGUCGCGGAGACCAGUAGGGAUUAGCGUGCAGCUGGUGGCGCAGGCACAAUGGGGAACCGGGAGAUGGAGGAGCUGAUCCCUCUGGUGAACCGUCUGCAGGACGCCUUCUCCGCGCUGGGACAGACCUGCCUGCUGGAGCUGCCGCAGAUCGCCGUGGUGGGCGGCCAGAGCGCCGGCAAGAGCUCGGUGCUUGAGAACUUCGUGGGCAGGGACUUUCUCCCUCGAGGGUCGGGCAUUGUAACGAGAAGGCCUCUUGUGCUGCAGCUUGUUACUUCCAAAGCAGAAUAUGCUGAAUUUCUACAUUGCAAAGGGAAAAAAUUUACAGAUUUUGAUGAAGUUCGCCAUGAGAUUGAAGCAGAAACAGAUCGAGUAACUGGAAUGAAUAAAGGCAUUUCCUCCAUACCCAUUAAUUUACGAGUCUAUUCCCCACAUGUGUUAAAUCUAACCCUUAUUGACCUGCCUGGAAUUACUAAAGUGCCCGUGGGAGAUCAGCCACCAGAUAUUGAGUAUCAAAUCAGAGAAAUGAUUAUGCAGUUCAUCACAAGGGAGAACUGUCUGAUUUUGGCUGUCACCCCAGCCAACACCGAUCUUGCAAACUCAGAUGCACUGAAGCUAGCUAAAGAAGUUGAUCCUCAAGGCCUAAGAACCAUUGGAGUCAUCACCAAACUGGAUCUUAUGGAUGAAGGAACGGAUGCCAGGGAUGUUCUAGAGAACAAGCUGCUACCGCUUCGCAGGGGUUACGUGGGAGUGGUAAACAGAAGCCAGAAGGACAUAGAGGGGAAGAAGGAUAUAAAGGCUGCCAUGUUGGCAGAAAGGAAGUUUUUCCUCUCACACCCAGCGUACAGACACAUUGCUGAUCGGAUGGGGACCCCACACCUGCAGAAGGUCCUUAAUCAGCAACUUACCAACCACAUUCGAGAUACCCUGCCCAACUUCAGGAACAAACUUCAGGGACAGUUGCUGUCCAUAGAACACGAAGUAGAAGCCUACAAAAACUUCAAGCCAGAAGACCCCACCAGGAAGACCAAAGCAUUGCUGCAGAUGGUUCAGCAAUUUGCUGUGGAUUUUGAGAAGAGAAUCGAAGGGUCAGGGGAUCAAGUAGAUACCCUGGAGCUCUCAGGGGGUGCUAAAAUUAACCGUAUUUUCCAUGAACGCUUUCCUUUUGAGAUAGUAAAGAUGGAGUUCAAUGAGAAAGAACUGCGGAGAGAAAUAAGCUAUGCAAUCAAAAACAUACAUGGUAUCAGGACAGGGUUGUUUACUCCAGACAUGGCAUUCGAAGCAAUAGUGAAAAAACAAAUUGUAAAGCUGAAAGGGCCUUCCUUGAAGAGUGUAGAUCUGGUAAUACAAGAAUUAAUCAACACUGUCAAGAAAUGUACCAAGAAACUGGCCAACUUCCCCAGACUCUGCGAGGAAACGGAAAGGAUCGUUGCUAAUCACAUUCGUGAGCGAGAGGGGAAGACAAAGGACCAGGUACUGCUGUUGAUUGACAUCCAAGUCUCCUACAUCAACACCAACCACGAAGAUUUCAUUGGCUUCGCAAACGCUCAGCAGAGGAGCAGUCAGGUUCACAAGAAAAACACAAUUGGAAAUCAGGGAACCAAUCUUCCGCCUUCAAGGCAAAUUGUGAUUCGAAAAGGGUGGCUCACCAUCAGCAACAUCGGCAUCAUGAAAGGAGGCUCGAAGGGGUACUGGUUCGUCCUGACCGCUGAAAGCUUGUCCUGGUACAAGGAUGAUGAGGAAAAAGAAAAGAAGUAUAUGCUUCCGUUGGACAACUUGAAAGUUCGGGAUGUGGAAAAGAGCUUUAUGUCUAGCAAGCACAUCUUUGCACUCUUUAAUACAGAGCAAAGGAAUGUAUACAAGGACUAUCGCUUCCUUGAGCUGGCAUGUGAUUCUCAGGAGGAUGUAGACAGCUGGAAGGCAUCUCUACUAAGAGCUGGAGUUUAUCCCGACAAAUCUUUAACUGAAAAUGAUGAAAAUGGCCAAGCAGAAAACUUCUCAAUGGACCCCCAGUUGGAGAGGCAAGUGGAGACCAUCCGCAACCUCGUAGACUCCUACAUGUCUAUCAUCAACAAAUGUAUCCGAGACCUGAUUCCAAAAACGAUAAUGCACCUUAUGAUCAAUAACGUUAAAGAUUUCAUAAAUUCUGAGCUCCUAGCACAGCUAUACUCUUCAGAGGACCAAAAUACACUGAUGGAGGAAUCUGCAGAACAGGCUCAGCGCCGGGAUGAGAUGCUUCGAAUGUACCAAGCGCUUAAAGAAGCCCUCGUGAUCAUCGGCGACAUCAACACUGCCACUACCUUCACGCCAGCACCGCCUCCUGUGGACGACUCCUGGAUACAGCAUUCCCGCAGGUCGCCGCCUCCGAGCCCCACCACCCAGAGGAGGCCGACGCUGAGCGCGCCCCUCCCGCGGUCCACGUCCGGCCGGGGGCCCGCGCCCGCCAUCCCCUCCCCGGGACCCCACUCGGGGGCGCCCCCAGUGCCAUUCCGGCCCGGCCCGUUACCUCCUUUCCCCAACAGCAGCGACUCGUUCGGGGCGCCUCCGCAGGUGCCCUCUCGGCCCACCAGGGCCCCUCCCAGCGUCCCCAGCCGGAGACCACCCCCAUCACCAACUCGUCCCACUAUAAUCCGUCCACUAGAAUCCUCCCUGUUAGACUAAACGAAGUGUCUGGCAUGGCAAUUAAUUACUAAUGAGUUACGCGAAAGCAAAAUAUUUGAUAACCGUUGCAGUAAAUCAUGAGUAGUCGCAUGUGUGGACAUCAGUAGGCAAGUAACCAGUUUUACUAAUGCAUCCAUCACUUACCUUCACUGCUCAUGGUUUGUCAGACUUUGGGGGUUUAACUCUUGAAAACUGCUGACCCUUUGAGGCUCUGUAUGUUGUCUCGACCAAGGUAGGUUGUCUGGCAGCCCUCUCCUUUGGGGACCUUUGACCUACCCCAGCAUAUAUUCGGAAUUGCUUUGGACGAGCUUCCCAGGUUACCUACCAGACAGUCCAUUCCGUGUAACUCUUAAGAGAUAAGAGAUGAUGGGCUUAGACCUAAAUGAUACAUAUUUUAUUUUCCCACAUUCUGUUUUGACUGAUGGAAAUUAUGUUGUCUAUUAUUAAUGUUUCCACCUACUCCAUAAUUACCUAUUUAGAUCCUUUUUCUUUCCUCUUUGUUUCAUAAGACUGCUAUGAAGUGAUUUUUUUAAAAAUUAGGAUUCCUUAAGCAUAAAACUUUACCAGAAGCAUGAGGUGGUUUACAAGGGAAAAGUUAAUGCAUUGCUUGCUCUAGAGGGUUUCUCGUGCCAAUAUGUUUUGCUUCAUGCCAAAAGCAUAUUCAACAAUGAAUGAGAACUUGUUUUUUGGUAGUCGGUCAAUAAAUUUGGCUAGUUAAUUUCAGAGUUCAAGGAAGAAGCAAAAUAUCACAUCUCUAGAAGUGUUCGGACAAAUGUAAUUUCUUUAUUCACUUAUAUAAUUACCUCCUCAUAGGUUACAGUGAAGGCUGACACGGAAAAUACUUAAUUUUUUCUAGUGAUCUAAUUUAAGGCAUGGAUAACUACACUUUGACACUAAUUCCUGUUGAUUUAUUUGGUUAGUUAGCUAGAGCAAAAAUACGUCUCUUUUUCCAAGCUAAUAUGUGAUUCCCUAAUGUAAAAAUUUAGCCUACCUUUAAAACAGGUUUAAUGUAACUCUUUAUCCAUUCUAGACUUUCUUAAUAAAUCCUGAGCCUUACUAUGGGAUAACCAUAUUUAAAGAAUGGGACCUGGCAUGGAAAGAAAAGUCAUUUAGUACAAGAUACAAUGGUCUAAGAGCAGAGCUCACACUCCUACAGUCGGACAACUUCAGAGUCUCUUCCCAGAAAACUGUAUUAAGACAUUGAAAUUUAAAGCAAAUUGGCAAAUUCUAACAUUUCCAGAAUUUACAAAAGCAGUUUCGGCUGGGGGUUAAUAGUUCAGUUUGGAGGCUGAGUUUUGGACUACCUAGGGCUGGGUGAUUAGCAUGUAGGAAACAGCCAGAAGCCAACUGGAAUUCCGUCUGCUAACUGUUCCCAGACAGCAGACCAAGUAUUCACUGAAUAGUUGUGUCCCAUGACACCACUUCAUAUUCCGCAGAAGUAAGUCAGGUUUUGCCAACUGAAAUGUCUCCCUUUGAAAGCAGCAAACAUGAUUUGUAUGUUAACUUAACUUUAAUUUCCUGUGUAGUUUAUACCCAAAGCAGACACUCAUAAAGUAUGAAGUAGAAACUUUUAACCAUUAUUAAAAAGAGAACUUGCCAAGUGGAAUGGCAUUGUUUUGAACUUAUUAUAAGGGGUUAAAAUCAGCCCACUUAAGCAAAAAUCAGAGAAUACAAGAUUUACAAAAAGGGAAUUUCAGCUUUUAAAUUACAAGUGAUUGUAUGAAGAACACCACCAUAAAUCUUCUCUCUACCUUAUUUUUUCUUGCUGAAAAAAAUUUAACUCUUUGUGAAUGGAAUGGAUGUGCGAGAAACAUACUGUAUUUUUAAGUAGUGUCGCAGCUAAAUGGAGGUAUCUUAAAUAAACGUCCACAGUAAUAUGAAUAAGCUACAGUGAGGUCUUUUCAUAAAAUUCUCUUUUUAGGAUUCCCUUUGCUUCUUCCUUUGAAUUCUCUAAAAUAGGCAGCUAACGGAUUAUAUACUUCAGGGUUUGGCUUUGAGCAACCUAUGACUUUGUGUUUUGCUGUAUUUCAAAAAUGUCCUUCUGUUAAAGGAAAAUAUUGCGGAUAACCACUGGUGUGUUCUCAGAUCAGCACAAACCAUGUCAAAGAAAAUUGGAGAUUUUUUUUCCAAGUUUCUUUCCACUGACUUUAUGCAUGUGUCAUCUUUGGCUUUUGCUCUCAGAUUAUAAUCCCACAGUUUCACUGUCACAAUUAUCUCUUCUUGUGUGUACAUCUUUGUUUUAUUUUACUUCUAAGUUAUUUCUGGUAGAACCCAGCCUCCCCUGGGAUUUCAGCAGUCAUGUUGGAGAAUGUUUCCAGUUUACUGCAGUCCUGUGUCAUAUGAUUAGUAUUAAUGCCAUUUCCCAAAGGGUUUGCAUCCUGCCCAAAGGAGAUGCCAAUAUAAAUGAAGUCAGAAGCUCUAGAAUGUGCAGUGUUUGAAGUACAGUGUAUAUAUCAGGGCUUAAGAUGGCAAUGUAGCUUAAUGAGCUUUCUAAGUAUUUCCCAUACACUUCAAAUCUUCCGUGUAAGUUCCUCCCAGCUGAUUGCUCUGACGUUGUCUAUACAACAGAUGCAGCUCCAUCACGUCUAGUGUAAGGAAACAUGCAGUGUUUUUAGGAUUUGGAAAAAUUAACUGAUGUUUAUCUGAUAGGCACAUCUAUUUUACUGUCACAUGCUAAAUUGUGCAUUAUUGACUAAUUGGAAUAACCAUUUACUCAAUUGUGGACAGACGAUUGACAUAGUAUUUAUUGAUUUAAAACAGAUACGUUACCUUUCCAGAAGUCAGCUACCAAGGCUACUCCUCUGAAUAUUGCUUUUAGCUGUGUUUCGUAACAUAGAAAAAGGAGCGGUAGGGUCUGUUUAAUUAGCAUAUAGCCUGCUUGUUCAGAUACAAGCUCAUCCUAUUCCAAGGCAUUAUAAUAAAACCAAGUUCCUGUGAUAUAACUGUAAGCCUUCUGACCUUAGAAUUAAAAAGUAGUCAUAUAGAUUAUUUUAUGACUUUUUAGUAGAGACUGUAGCCAUAAUUCUCAAAUAUGAAAUGGGACCUAAUACCAGUAUGUGAUAAAUGUUGAUGUUUUCUGUGUACACACACAUCUUCUAUGCAUGUGUCUCUAUGUAUACGGCAUAUAUUUGGAAUUACAUAGUAUAUUUGUUUCUGUAAGUACAUAUAUUUUGUGCCCCUCUGGGUAAGUAGGUUUAAAAUCACAUGUUAAAAUACCACAAGCAUGAGUGUGAUUGUAUGUGUAUUGUACAUAUAUGUAUAUGUAUGGGUGUAAAUAUUUAUGUACACAUGUGCUUUGUACGUGUGGGUAUGAAUCUAUUUUUUAAACAGUGCUAAUACAAGAGUUAGCUUUAGAGUAUUUGCCAUAACACGUGAUAACGGUGGUUCAUUUCUCAUAACGUACGUGAGAUAUACCACAUUUUCUGCAGAUUCAUUCUGAGAGAUGCAGAGCUCAGAAUUUCCAUGACAACAUGGCAGAAUAACACUGACAGGCAUUUACAUCUGAAUCCACAGCACUGUUAUCUAAGGAGAAAUUAUCUUUGCCAACAUAGGGCAAAACAAGUGUCAGAUCUGAAAGCCUACCUUUAAGAACCCUGAUUAGAAUCAUAAAUUAUUCUUCGCUUGCUGGGCUGAGUCUUAGAAAGCUAAGUUGGUCUACAUAGUCAUUUUUUUUCUCAACGGUAAAUGUCAAAAAAAAUGCAGUAGAGGGAAACAGCAAUAUGAUACAAGUAGAGGAUUCUGAGUAAAUUUGUUUAAAAUGCAGGAAAGAAGUUAUGUGAUACCUGAGAGGCAGGUCAUCCAUCCCCUUUUUCAGGUACACAUUUUUCACUUGGCAAACAAUACAAUUAUUUGACAUUGACAGGCAUCUCCUUAACGUGGAGAAUAAUACCUAAAUACUAGACCUCUCAACUAUGGAGCUCAGUGAAAGAAGAUAAUGUUUGAGACUCAAGCCAUGAGUUAUAUCAUUUCACCAAGAGGACUGCAAGCUGUGAGCUCAGAGUUGAAUGUGAAGGAAGCGAGGUGAUUUCCGAGAAACAACGAUUGGGUCACUUAGAUCACUCAUUUCUUUCUUAAAAGCUCAAAUGUGUCUUCUAGAUAAUCUUCAGUCAUCGUGUCUAACUGGUAUGUUUAAAAUUAUGUGGUGCUCUGUAUUGUGAAACUUUAAGAAUAUUUUGAAGCAUAUAUAGUAUAGGCAUUGAUAUUUAUAUAUGUAUAUGUGUGUGUAGGAAGGUGUGUAUGUUUGAGAGCAAGAGAGGAAACUCAAGGAAGAGUCUCCUGUUUGUCUUAGGACCUGUUCACAUUGGUAUAUUGGCGAGACUUCUCGCCAGUCUGAUCUGGGAUUUCACACGUGGCUCGGCCCAAGGCAUUCAUUUCUUUCUGAUUUUUACCCUCAUAUUCCUUAAACUUUGCACAUUGUAUCAUGUUUUUAAACUUAUGAUAAAAUUACUCUGUCUAACCUCCUGCGUUAUCUGUUGCCAAUUUGAUAGAAAGGAUUCCUCCCAAGCAGAAAUUCCACCGUUACUUGAUUUGCAUUUAAUUUCACACAUACGGCCUUUGUUUUACUUGCUUGUCUAUGUUUCUUUUCUCUCCCUUUUCUGAAUCAAUAUCCUCUUUUGCUUUUUGUAUAUAAAGAAGCAGUGUACAAAAGCAAAAUCUUAUCUUCUCUGUUGAUGAAUUAAUUUGAGCCGGAAUACUUUCCACUGUCUUCUUGGCACUUUCAGGAUUUCUUAAUGCUGAUAUAUGGAUGGACUCUGUGAAUGGAAUUUUUGGAGCAAGUUCCUAAAGCCUGUAUCAUUCUUGAAGGCCACAUGUACCUAUUGUGAAAAUGUGAAGCUGUAUUUCUGAACCUGAAAUAAAUGAUAACAUUUGAAGGACUCCCCCUUCCCCAUUCCUGUACAUAUCUGAGUCGUGUCUAUGCUUAUCAGUAAGAUCUGAGACUUCUAAAUAUUUGUGACUCUUUUGAUCCAGUUGGCCCAGAAUUACCAAUGCAGAGAAAGGUGGCAUUUGGCGUUACUGUCAUGAACUUGGGGAAGGAUGGGAUUUUUAACGGGCGCAAACUAGACAAAUCAAGGGCAGGAGAGCGGGAGACGUUUUAGUCCUGAUUUGAAGUCAUUGUUCUAGUAGGUUAAAGGACAUAAACCUUGGACAGCUGGAGGGUGCAAAGUGACACCUGCCAAGACGCACCGUGAUAUUUUGCUACUGAAAGGGAGGUGGUCAUGAAAAACUGGGAAGUAGCAGGAGGAAGAGUACUCUGUGCAAACGUUAGGUCUACAGAAGACAUUUCUUACAGAAAACAACUGAGGUCCUGACUCCACAGCUGGCCUCCAUUGUUUAGUCAUUGGGCAUUGAGGGGAGAGGUUACCCCUUUCCAUUCCCCCAAUAUUAAGAUAAUGGCAGAGUAUUCAGUCGUCACACAUCCUUAUCCUAACCGGGUUUCCAGAGACUAAAGAAUGGUCCUUUGUUACAAGAGUUUCAAUGAUAGGCCCCCUAUCAACAUAGGUAGACCCAGAUUUUGCCAUCUGGAAGCAGAAGGCAGGAAGGGGGGUGGGGAAUGCUGGUUCCCUUUCCCUCUGUGUUCAGGAUAAGCUCUUUGUGACAAGAUGAAUGGGAAAGACUGUUGGAUUAAUUCACGCCUUCCUGUUGUAAUUUCUUUCUCGUAUGGACCCAUCUUCCAUGGGUGGAGCCAUCAAUGCCUUCAAGGGAGACUUGUGAAUGGAAGGGAGAGUCACGAUGAGGAUCGUGCUGUGCACUUGUGUUUCGCGUGUGUGCGUGUGUGUAUGUGACUGCAUGAUUCCAUAUUCAGAACUGUUCUUGAUGGAAAUUAACAAAACCAAAGGACCUUACUGUAACUGUCUGGCAAAUUCCCAUUUGUAUUUUAAAAGUAGUUCUGACGACAGUGUAAAUAUCAGAUCGUUUUUGAGAUUCUUGUUUUUCUGCCGGAAUCUUUGAAUUUCAUACUGGGAAGUGCUGGCUUCAUCCCACACCUGGCAUCGCCACCUUUAAAGCCAUUCGUGGGUGUUCUUUCACACUCAGGCAGCUUGAUACCUACAGUACCUGCAAGACACGUUGGCUAAAACUACAGCCUUAAUUUGGGAUUUCCCAAAAUCCAUUCCAUGGGAUUUUAAUAAGUUUUACACACACAUACACCAAGGAUUUCUUGAUUAAAUAUACUUGGGAAAUGAUGACUAAAAAUUGUUUCUUUACUGGAAGACUUUACAGAAGCUUUAAUAUCAGAUUGCAGGCUUACUGUCUACGUGUUUCUCAGACUUUUUUGACUAACAAUGCUUUGUUCCUAGAGCCUCUCCCAAGACCAGUGUUCUGAGGGAUGUGCCUUCGGAAACACUGCUUUAGUGGCUUUAGGCCAGAAGGAAAAGGCACUGAGUGAGAUCAGUCAGGCUGUCACUAACACAAAGUUGUGUGAUAAAAUCAAAUGUAGUAGGUAGCAACCAGAGCUCCCAACUCAGGACAGUCCUCCUGGAGCUCUGUCUUUGGUCACAGUGGUGUCUGAGACCCCGGGAGGGAGGUCCCAGAGGAGCAGAUAGAGACAUACACACAGCGGUUCCUAGGGAGCCUGGUGGAGGCCUCAGAUACUUUUCAGUAUUAGCUUUUCUCUCUCCGUCUCCGAAGAUGAGCCCCUUUAAAUUAAUUACAUUACCCCAUUGUCUUCUUGCAGAAGGAGGGCUCUAGGUUGACUCUAAAGCUAAGAUCAUCAGAGAGGAGUUGAGAAGCAUGAGUAUUCAUAUUGCUUUCUUGCCUUUCUUUCCCAAGCCUUCCGCCUCACCCACCGCCCUGGGAUAUUAAGUUAUCUAAGUGAUUGGCAAAGAGAACAGGUAAAGAGUGUUUUGUGAGAUGAUAACAGAAAAGAAAAAAUACACAGUAUUUAAAGAAAGACCUUCCUGGGGUUUUUGCCGGAGGAAUGUCACCAUAAGAACGGACUGCAGCACUGAGGUAGAUCCCAGAGGAUGUGGGUAAUUCAUCAUUCGUGUUCAUAAUUAAACCUUUCAUAUAGGAAUUAUGCCCAUGUUCCAGAGACUGAUUGUCCUGCCACCUUACCUUUCCUGUUUUGGCCAAAUGAUUCUAUGAAGUCAUUUUUCAGAAAGCUCAAGAAAGUAUAACCUGAAAUUAUAAUCUUGAGUGCGUGGAGUUUGCUUGUGUGGUGAAUGCUGACAAUGAUGAGCUUUAAGAUGGGUCAGCAUCUCGGUGUCCCGACUCAAUACUCCACCGUUCACGUUAGAGGCGGCAACCACAUGAGGCGCCUUUGUAGCCAUUCCUAUAAAAACCCUCAGUAUUUUCAGCCCUUGCCUUCAAACACUUCAACAUUGUGUUAAGUUGUACAGAAAAUUCUGGAAAAGAAAUGGUCACAACACAGACAGAACAAAAAUCACUCUGAUCCACGGUACGGUGUCCUCGUCCACAAUGAUUUUUUGGCAACGAGAGGAAAGUUAGAUGCAGGUUGAGUGAAGAGGAGGAGAAGGGAGCAAAGGGGACAAACGUCACGCUGCUGCCCACAGCAGAGAUCCUGGCUGUCCGUGAAGUGUCCUCCACGAUGUAACGUUUCUGAUCCUCCUUCUGGCCUAGAACACCGAACGCACUCAGACAGGAAAGCGCUCUGGCCUGUGCUAACAAAAUGUCCCUUCAGCACUGUGGACUCGCUGUUCAGUUUAACGGCUCACCUCCCCGCCCUGCUGAGGUCAUUAAAGUGUUCCAAAGCCCCUUCAGAACUCAAAAAUAGUUUCUGUCUACUGGGCAGGUGAUAAAUCUCAUUGAGCCUGACAGGAAUUUAAUUACACUUUCUUCAUGAAAACACCAGGGACACCCAUUACCUGGAUCUCUAAAGCUAAAGGCUUGCAGACCCCCCGCAGUUGAAAGGUUAUGGACCAAUAACAAGUUCUUCAUCAUUUAAAUGGAUGGGAGGCCUCCUUAAGUGCAGCCAGCUUAAAUUGGACCAAAUUAAAAUUGGUCUUGGACUUUGGGGAAGGUAAGAUCGUUUUUGUUUUUUUUUUUUUAACCACUGCUCAGAAAUAGCCCAGUAAGUUUGGAUCCAUUAACAUCUCCUAGAAGAUGAAAAAGCAGUUUUGUUUUUGUUUUUGUAUUUUUGUAGACCUCAUUGCUCCACUCACUGAGGCGUUAACAGAAGUAAAAUGGAAGUGAGUAUGUUGUUGAACACCUGGAUGUGUAGCCAGAAAGAAGUUCCGCAGGGAGCAGGGUGCUGAACCAGCCUCUGAGUUCUAUGGCUUGCCGUAAUGUUGAGCUCAUUACCAACCGGUUUAGAAAAAGGAAAUUAAAUGUAGAUGUCUGCUGGAAACCCGUGGGGCAGCUUCACUGGGCCUGCUGUUUUCUUACUUACAGAACUGUCCGUUGCCACGUAGCAUUUACUGUAUCUUCCUUGCAUCACAUCAUCCAGAGGGGCUGAUGUCAAAAUGAAGCACAGCUCUGGACCCUUACUUCACAAGCAGCGGGACAAGAUGCCAGCCAGGCUAGGGAUACAGAGAAAGAGCCAGCAAACCAAAUUUCAUUUACCCUGGACCCCAUUCAAAAUAAAUGAGACCUUCAGUUGCCCUUAAGUGUGAGACGGAGGGAAAUCUCACGGAAUCCUGGGGUCACCAUGGACCAGAUGUAGCCUCGUAGUUUUCCCUGGGCCUGGAAAGGCUGUCACAUCAGGAUUUUCACGUGGAGCAAAUUCUGCUUUACAAAUCCUCUAAGGUCGGCCCCUGAUAUUUUCUGCAUUGUGAUUACAUUGCUCAUUUGAUCUCCUGCCACCUUCUAAUUUCCUUCAUCUUAAAAAAAUUUUUUUUUCACUGGUCGUAUGUCUGUAUCCACUCCCUCCCCCCCGUGGAGAUUUCACAACGUUUACUGAAAUCACAAAAUCAGGGCUAGGAAACAAAUACUCAAGUUAUAAAGGUACGUGGCUCUGGUCCUGUUCCCAUUGCUCUGAAUAGGAUGGUGUGGAUUUAUCAUCCUUGGUACAAAAUAAUAAGGCUUUCGAGUGGGCUCAGCUGGCUCAAACCCAGCACACGGCUGGUUCAGGAAACGUGCUAGGAGCUGCUUAUGGUGCCAUGUGGUCCUCUCUCAUUUCCCCUGCAUGUCUGCUUGUUUCUUGUCUGAUUUGGAUUUGAUUUUUGUGAGAUAUUUUUGCAUGCUCUUACUUGCAUUUGUUUUAUAAUUUAAACAUUGUUUUCUUCCUCUGCAUCUGUGUUUUUCUGUUUGUUAUUUUGUUUUGUUUUCACUAGGCGACCCCCUCCUGCAGUUCCAGGACGACCAUCCUAACCCCCCAUCACUCAUCUCCUUUUGUUUCUGACAACAUGUCCAUGUGGUAUUUAAAAGCCUUUCAUUUGCACUAUAUGUCAUAUGUACAUAAAAACUUUUAUUUUUGAUCUGUCUAUAAUA